UGGGUGUUCAAGCUCCGCGCGCGAGCCGAGCUUCAGGCCCACGAGCGGAAUCCGCGCGCCCUGUGUCGCUUCUGCGUUCCGUCAUGUUCCCGGCCGUCUCCUCUCCGCGGACACCGGGGCCCGGGACCCGAAGGGGCCCGCUGGGUGGAGUCGGGCCGGGCUCCACGCCCCGGGCGACUAGCAGGAAAGGUCUGUCCCUGGCGUCGGCAGUCAGCUCCCCGGUGCUCUUUUCGCCGGUCGGCCGGCGUAGCUCGCUGAGCUCGCGAGGAACACCUACACGAAUAUUGCCACACCACUGUGUAACUGAGUCUAUGAACUAUGAUGUGAAAACAUUUGGAUCUUCUCUUCCUGUUAAAAUAAUGGAAGCCUUGACAUUGGCUGAAGUUGAUGAUCAGCUGACUGUUCACAUAGAUGGAGGUGGAUGGGCUUGUCUGGUCUGCAAAGAGAAACUCAUUAUUUGGAAGAUUGCUCUGUCACCUAUUACUAAGUUAUCUGUUUGCAAAGAACUUCAGCUGCCGCCUAGUGACUUCCACUGGAGUGCUGACUUGGUGGCUCUCUCUUAUCCUGAUACUGCAGGUGAAGCACAUUCUACUCAGGCUGUUGCUGUCAUGGUUGCCACCAGAGAAGGAUCCAUCCGCUAUUGGCCAAGCCUUGCCGGUGAAGAUAUCUACACAGAGACCUUUGUAGAUUUGGGAGGUGAUAAGACUUACAGUUUCCUAACAGCAGUGCAGGGAGGAAGUUUUAUUUUGUCCUCAUCGGGAAGCCAGCUGGUUCGGCUGAUACCUGAUAGUUUAGGAAAAAUUCAUCAACACAUUCUGCCUCAAGGACAAGGCAUGCUUUCAGGAAUUGGUCGGAAGGUCUCUUCUCUUUUGGGAAUUUUAUCUCCAAGUAGUGAUCUCAUCCUUUCAAGUGUCCUCUGGGAUAGAGAGAGAGCAAGCUUUUAUAGCCUGACAAGUUCAAACAUCAGUAAAUGGGAAUUAGAUGAUUCUUCAGAAAAACAAGCACAUAGUUGGGAUAUAAAUAGAGCCCUGAAGGAAAACAUUACUGAUGCUAUUUGGGGAUCUGAAAGUAACUAUGAAGCUAUUAAAGAAGGGGUCAAUAUUCGGUAUUUGGAUUUGAAGCAAAACUGUGAUGGGCUCCUGAUUUUGGCAGCCGCAUGGCACCCAGCAGACAAUCCAUGUCUCAUCUAUUACUCUCUGAUAACAGUAGAAGAUAAUGGCCACCAAAUGUCUGAUGCGGUAACUGUAGAAGUCACUCAGUAUAAUCCACCUUUUCAGUCUGAAGACCUGAUUAUGUGUCGGUUAAUGGUCCCAAACUUUUCAAAUCAGACUGCCUAUCUGUAUACUGAAAGUGCUGUCUAUGUGUGCGCCACAGGAACUGGGAAGUUUUCUCUUCCUCGGGAGAAAAUUGUCUUUAACACACAAGGAGAUAGUAUUUUAGGAGCUGGUUCCUGCGGUGGUUUUCCUAUCCUUUUUUCGAGAAACAGUGGGUUGGUGUCUAUUACUUCAAGGGAAGGUGUGUCCAUAUUAGCAGAAGAUCUUGAAGAUUCCCUAGCAUCUUCAGUUGCUGGACCCAGCAAUGAGAGUAUGGUUUUUGAGGCUUCUACAAAGAAUGAAACCAUUGCCCAGGAGGAUAAAACCAAAUUGUUAAAAGCUGCUUUUCUGCAAUACUGCAGAAAAGAUCUAGGUCAUGCUCAAAUGAUGGUUGAUGAGCUCUUUUCCUCCCACUCUGAUUUGGAUUCUGAUUGUGAACUAGACAGAGCUGUUACCCAAAUCAGUGUAGAUCUGGUGGAUGACUACCCAGCCUCCGACCCACGAUGGGCUGAGUCUGUCCCUGAGGAAGCACCUGGGUUUAGCAAUACAUCACUGAUUAUUCUUCAUCAGCUAGAAGACAAGAUGAAAGCCCAUUCUUUCCUUAUGGACUUUAUUCACCAAGUUGGCUUAUUUGGACGUCUUGGCACUUUUGCAGUAAGAGGGAUGCCCAUGGCAACUCGACUGUUGCUCUGCGAGCAUGCGGAAAAGUUAUCAGCCGCCAUUGUUCUCAAGAACUACCACUCCAGGCUCUCGGACCUGCUGAACACAGCAAUCAUGAUUGCUUUAAACAAGAGGGAUUGUGAAAUCCCAUCCAACCUGACUCCCGCAGAUGUCUUUUUUAGAGAAGUGUCCCAGGUAGACACCGUCUGUGAGUGCUUACUAGAGCAUGAGGAGCAGAUCUUAAAGGAUACAUCAUUGGAAUCCGUUGAAUGGGCUGAGGUGGUCAUCAAUGUGAACAGUAUUCUCAAGGACAUGCUACAAGCUGCUAGUCAUUAUCGACAAAAUAGAAACUCCUUAUAUAGAAGAGAAGAACCACAAGAACAAGAACCUGAAUAUGUUCCUUGGACAGCAACGGGUGGUCCUUCAGGCAUCCGGACAGUAAUAGAACGCCAGCAUGGAAUUGUCCUGAAAGUGGUUUAUCCUCAGGCAGACAGCAACCUCCGAAACAUUCUGACAGAGCAGCUGGUGGCACUGAUUGAUUGCUUCCUGGAUGGUUAUGUUUCCCAGCUGAAGUCUCUGGACCGAUCUGGUGAUCAAGAAAGAUAUAACAGUCUGGAAAUGGAAUACCUACAGAAAAGAUCAGAUCUCUUAUCUCCACUUCUCACACUAGGCCAGUACCCGUGGGCUGCUUCAUUAGCAGAAAAGUACUGUGACUUUGAUAUCUUAGUACAGAUGUGUGAGCAGACCGACAACCAGACCAGACUCCAGCGCUACAUGACCCAAUUUGCCAAUCAGAAUUUUUCAGACUUCCUCUUCCGUUGGUAUCUGGAGAAAGGAAAGCGAGGCAAAUUAUUAUCUCAGCCCAUUUCUCAGCAUGGAGAGUUGGCGAAUUUUUUGCAGGCUCAUGAACAUCUCAGCUGGUUACAUGAAAUUAACAGCCAAGAAUUAGAAAAGGCUCAUGCAACACUGCUGGGUUUGGCAAACGUGGAAACUCAUUACUUUGCAAAGAAAAAAACCCUUCUUGGUUUGAGUAAAUUGGCUGCGUUGGCUUCAGACUUUUCAGAGAAUAUACUGCAAGAAAAAAUUGAAGAAAUGGCUGAGCAGGAGCGCUUUCUUUUGCACCAGGAGACCCUGCCUGAACAGCUGCUGGCGGAGAAACAGCUAAGUCUCAGUGCGAUGCCAGUGCUGACUGCCCCUCAGCUCAUCAGCCUGUAUAUCUGUGAAGAAAACAGAAGAGCUAAUGAAUAUGAUUUCAAGAAAGCUUUGGACUUGCUGGAGUAUAUUGAUGAGGAGGAAGAUGUAAAUAUAAAUGAUCUAAAACUGGAAAUCCUUUGCAAAGCUCUUCAGAGAGAUAACUGGUCUAGUUCAGAUGGUAAGGAUGAUCCAAUUGAAGUAUCUAAAGACAGUAUAUUUGUGAAAAUCUUACAGAAACUUUUAAAAGAUGGCAUUCAGCUCAGUGAAUACCUGCCAGAGGUGAAAGACCUCCUGCAAGCCGACCAGCUUGGAAGCUUAAAGUCUAAUCCUUACUUUGAGUUUGUUUUGAAAGCAAACUAUGAAUAUUAUGUUCUGGGACAAAUGUAACUUUUUCUAAAAAUGGUCACUGUCCCUGAAAAUUUGUGUAAGCAUGUCCUUAUAAAAAUCUUAGGCCUUAAACAUCUAAAAAUUUGUAGUUUUAUAACAUGUA